AGCACUCAGACCACCACCAGCAGUUCUGAGCUAGCUAUGGCGAUGAUGAUGAGAGCAUUGGCAGCAGCGGCCAUCCUGGCCACGGCGUUUGCCGUGUCGGCACGAGCCGAGCCCCCGCAGUGCGGCGCCAACUCCACCACGGCGCUCUGCCCCUACUGCCUGUGCUGCAGCAAAUGGGGCUUCUGCGGCAGCACCGAAGCCUACUGCGGCAACGGCUGCCAGAGCCAGUGCGACCGCUGCAACGCCACCGUCGCGUCCAUCGUCACGCGGGAGCUCUUCGACGAGCUGCUGCUGCACCGCAACGACCUCAGGUGCCCCGCCCAGGGCUUCUACACCUACGACUCGUUCAUCGCCGCGGCGGGCGCCGACGCGUCCGACGGCUUCGGCACCACGGGCGCCGUCGACAUCCGGAAGCGCGAGGUCGCCGCGUUCCUGGCGGAGCCGGCGCACCGGACCUCGGGCGGCUGGGACGGCGCGCCCAACGGCACCUACGCCUGGGGCUUCUGCUACAAGCCGGCCGGCGCCCAGAACGUCACGGACCCCGUCGCCUUCUUCGAGACGGCCAUCGCGAGCUGGAUGACGGCGUCGGCGCGCCCGCCCAAGCCGUCGUGCCACGACGUCGUCACCGAGCAGUGGACCCCCUCGGACGCCGACAAGGCCGCGGGGAGGCUGCGGGGCUUCGGCGUCAUCGCCAACAUCAUCAACGGCGACGCCGAGUGCGGCCGCGGCCCCGACGCCGGUGGCCAGGACCGGAUCGGCUUCUACAAGCGCUUCUGCGACAUCCUUGGCGUCAGCUACGGCGACAACUUGGACUUUCGACCAGAAGCCCUUCGGCGCUGACCGCCGCCGCCUUAGCUGAAACUACCAGCGGCCCGCGUCACGCUGACGCGUAAAAGAAUAAUGCAUGCAUGGGCACCGCACAGGGCACAAAUCAAUAACAGCUCUCUUUUAAAUAAUCUGCAUGCUUAUUCGCUUGCAUAAGCAUGCACACGUAGUAGAUCGUGCAUGUGUAGGGCGAGCAUGUUUACUUUCAUCCCGGGCGGCCGGGGUUGUGUCGUCGUGCGAGUUGCCGUGAAGAUGUACUAUGCCUCAUGCAUGUUUUCUAUGCCAUAUAUUAUAUAAAUAAAUGCAUAAAAAAACUGAGCUGCAACGAUGGCAGCGCCAAA